AUGGUUAUAGCUCAUCAGUCAUAUCACCCUAGUAAGUUUCAACGGGUUUUAUUGACUUUGAUUGGGUUAUCCCCUCUCUGUAGUAUUGCUCUCGGGCUGUUUUAUUUCAGUAGCAUCUGACUUACGACGGUCUGUAUGCAUGCGACCAUGAUAAUCCUUCCAAUUCUCUAUAAACUUUGUUUCAACUCCUCUACCUUUGAGUACACACGAGGAGAACUCAAAAACGCUUUUCAUCAAGGAUUGAUCGGUUUAAUAUUUUGCUCAAUUAUCGUCAUAGGACUUAUGGCGCCAGGAACAUUGCUUAUUCUAAUUUUAAUUAAAUUAUAAAUUAUUAGGAAAACUUGUAAAGGCGCUGGCAAAGCCAGCGCUAAUAAUUCAAUAUAAUCCAGCAUAUUUAUUUUUUUAAGUCCUUUGCGCUAUUUAUCACAGGCUUUAGUGAGUUGACUUGCAAUGAUUUUGCUAUUGAUUGCAAUAACUUCCUAAAUCCACUGAUGUUUGCCUAUUAUUUUACAGUAGUAAAUCCAGGUGUUGAAGAGUGGUUCUGGAGGGUGUUUUUGGUCAAAAGUUUCCCGGAAAGUUGGAAAUGGUUCGUAGCCUUAUUAUAUUCUGAGUAUCAUUUUGUAAAUUUUUAUAUAGUUUAUAAUCCUUAGAUUUACAGGGAUAAUUCAAGCCAUUUUUGGAUUUUCCUUUAUCGUAGGAGUAGGAAUAUCAUUGCAGCUGAUAAAAGAAAGAUAUGGAUUAUUAUCCGCAGUUUCAGCUCAUAUGGGCUUCGAUUUGUGUGCAAUGGUAAAUAAUAUGUAGAUUGCAUGGGGACUGCUUUUGAAUUAG